AUGUCUGUGGGCAGCACGAUUGAUCUCUCGUCUUUACCCAUAGCGUUCCUCGAGCUCGACGGAGAUGAAGACUAUCCCGAUGGCAGCUCUUCCCCACCAUACCGCGCCGGCACAAUAGUGUGGAGAAAUGCGCAAUGGAAAAAGCUCGCCCCGGGAGAGACCAUUGGCGAAUGUCUAAGUCCGCUGGAUCAGAACAGGUUGCAGGCUUGGAUGGAGAGCGCGGAAUAUGGGGAAAAGGCAGAGACGCUGGCAGUGGACAUCAAGUCUGCCGAGGGGACGACUCUUUACUUGGCGAAGACGAUACUGCCUCCAUCCCCGAGCAACGGCCAACGUUCGCUCUGUAUCCUGACCUCUCAAAUCCACGACCCUCCCGAGGUUGCGCCUCCGUCAGUGUCUUCUUCAAUCGAUAGAGCUUCGCCUGGCCUACUGGGGCCAUCGUCCCCGUUUCCAAGGUCUCUAUCGAUUUCAUCGAACGGAUCGAGACCGGUCGAUGCUCCUACUGUUGACACGAGGUCUUCGACGACAUCCACCAGCAGCCUUCGCUCUUCGGUCGACUUGACAUCCCCAGAUGUGCAGUCUCCUUUCCAAACCCCUAUACGCACCCACACGCCAUCCGGCAAGACCCUUUCUAUCCAAGAUGAUCGCAAGUCACGAAAACGCUCUCCGCGGGGGACGACGCCCUCCAUAAAGUCUGGGACUAUGGAGAGUCAGGCAGCAGAGAGAUGGCGGUUGGUGGAGAGUUUCAACUGGGCCAAGACGCCUAUAGGGCCGAGGGAGCAGUGGAUGGAUGCGCUGGAUCCGGUAUUGGCGAUCACGUUCGAGUCUAGAACGCAGGAUUGUGCGUGGUUGGGCCCAGAUUUGCGGCUUGUAUACAACCUGCCAUACCAGGAGCUCAUCAAUCACCCGGCGGCUUGGGGUCAGCCGGCGAGCGAAGUUUGGGCCGGAAACUGGGAUUACCUCGAGCCCUUGGUGAAAAAGUGUCUCAGCGGUACCCCGAUUUAUAAAGACAACGACGCUAUCUUCUGGAGGCGGUAUGGCAAUGAUGUGUUGUUGGAACACUACCAUACUUGGCGAUACGUCCCCAUCACUGGCAAAGACGGCUCGAUAAUGGGUAUCUUUAACCAAUCCAUGGAAACGACAGAUACUAUUUUGAUGGAGCGACGGCUCAAUACCACGCGAGAAUUGUCUGAGCAAAUGACUUUUGCUCGGACUCUUGAAGACUACUUUGACACCGUUGCCGACGUCUUUCGGCAAAAUCCUGCCGAUAUGCCUUUUGCUCUGUGCUACCGUGUCCAUCAAAAAGACGCAGAUGCUCUCACUAUCACCCUCGAGUGCGAUCUCCAGGUGACUGUGGGGGUCCCCGACGAUCACCCAUCAGCUCCCCAGUCCGUUCCAGUCGAUAUACGCAACAAAACCACAUUUGGGGUGAGCCCCCCGCGCCCGACAUCGCCUACGGCAUCCAUGUUGUCUGCCCAAUCAGCCAACAACAACCGCGUCUGUCAUAUUGCAGACCAGUUCCAGAGUUGGCCAUUGAAAAAGGCCAUCAGCACUCGCCAGUGUGUCUUUGUAGAAGACUGUUCUAGGAUGAUUUCGGGCUUCCCAAUCCGCCAAUGGAAUGAGCUGCCCAUCUCUGCUAUUGUCGUCCCCAUCUGCAGCGAGGGUUCUCAUGACGUCCCAGGCUCAGUCAUGAUUUUUGGUAUCAACAUCCGACGACCAUUCGAUUCCGAGUACGAGCUCUGGAUGAACUCUCUGCGCGCGCUGCUUGCUUCUUCAUUCAUUGCCGUCAAAUCACAUGAGGCAGAGGCAAAAAUGGCGGAAGACUCGGCAAAGAUGGAGGCUGCCAAGGUUGCGUGGUUCCGGGGAGCGGCGCAUGAUCUGCGAAGCCCUUUGACUCUGAUCGCUGGUCCGCUGUCGGACGUGCUCGAGUCCAAGCUCGACCCGACGCAGCGCACUGCCCUUACCAUGGCACAGCGUAAUCUCGAGAGACUUAUGAGGUUGAUCAAUUCUCUCAUGGACUUUUCCAGGGUGGAAGCGGGGCGGAUGGAGGGGCGUUUCGUACCCACCAACCUGAGCGAGUAUGUCGCCGAGUUGGCGGCCUUGUUCAAACCCGCGGCAGAGCGUUUGGGUCUGCAAUUCAUUGUGGAAAUCGAGCCUCGACAAGAGCUCGUCCUUCUCGACCCUCUCUUAUUCGAGACCAUCAUCGCCAAUCUCAUCGGCAAUGCUCUCAAGUAUACUGAAUCGGGUAGCAUCGCCGUGCGCGUAUCGUAUACGUCAGGGCAAGGCGAGAUCUCUGUCACCGAUACUGGCGUGGGUAUACCUAAAGACGAGCUCGCGCUGGUGACGGAAUGGUUCCAUCGUUCGAGUACUGCCCUUCACUCUGGUACGCAGGGCACUGGCCUUGGCUUGGCGCUUGCAAAAGAGCUGUUAAAGUUGCAUGGCGGUGAAUUGCACGUGUGGUCACAGACCGCAGGCGAAGCAGAGGGCACCCACGGCUCCGUCUUUUCGGCCACCAUACCCCUUGAUUUCAAGCCUCAAUCCUCCUCCCAAACCCAAUCGCCGUAUUUUGUCGAGGAAUUCGGCAAAUACGGUCAGAUCGUUGCCGACGAAGCUAUGCGCUGGGCUGCGGAUGCGGACGAAGCCAGUGAAGUGUCUGACAAGGAGACUGGUAGUGGAGGGUCAGCUGCUUCGUCCGGUAAUCGGUUCGCAGAAGCGUUUUUGUUUAACAAGAAAGAUGUCGUACUUGUCGUCGAGGACAAUGUCGAUAUGCGCAAAUAUAUCGCCCAGCUGUUUGCUCCUCACUGUACGGUCCUACAGGCCUCAGACGGCAAGCAAGCCUACGAUAUGGCCGUCAAGAAGCCGCCAAACCUCAUCCUGGCGGAUGUCUUGAUGCCCAAGAUGUCGGGCAUGGAGCUUUUACAAGCCAUACGGUCCCACCCCGACACUCGCAUAGUUCCGAUCGUCCUCAUAUCGGCUGUCGCUGGUGACGAGCCUCGUAUGGAAGCACUGCUUAAUGGAGCUGAAGACUACAUGGCGAAACCGUUCAAGCCCAAGGAGCUGCUCGCCCGAGUCCACCUUCACCUCCAAGUCGGCAAGAAGCGCGCCAAGCUCGAAGCGCUCUAUGCACAGAGAGAGACUGAGCUCGCUGUGUUGUCUGAUUAUUGUCCGACAGGUAUCUUCCGCGCCGACACAAAGGGCCAUAUUGUGUAUACCAAUAAUGCCUGGCGGACGCAAAGCGGCAUCGAUGACUCGGAUCCCGACAGUUGGCCAAUGUACCUGACCCAGGAAAGUCACCAUUCGGUCCUGGAGCUAUGGAGGGCAUGGGUACUUGGUGAUGAAAAGAGUAUGAAGACUAGUUGGCGGUGGGCUAAUGACACGCCCGUUAGGGCUAGCCUGGUGAGACUCGAACAUGCUAAGCAUGGGUUCUCGGGAGUCCUUGGUUGUGUGGUUGAUAUAUCGCAUGAGGAGCGGCGUUUGGUCGAGGCAGAGGAAAGAAGGCGGGAGGCGGAGGAAAGCAAGCAUCAGCAAGAGUUGUUGAUUGACUUGACCAGCCAUGAAAUCAGGAAUCCCCUGAACGCCAUAUUGAGCUGCUCGGACCUGGUCAAACAGAACCUCACUACUCUGCAGGAGCAGUUGAGGGCUUCCGGGUUGAAUGGAUUCAUACCGUCACCGGAGCUGUUAUCAGACUUGGAGCAAGACGUCGAGGCUUUAGAGAGCAUUCACCAGUGCGGUCUUGUACAAGAACGCAUUGCAGGAGAUAUUCUUUCACUUGCCCGCAUCCAGCUUGAGAUGCUCAGUCUGCAUUAUAUCGAAGUCAAUCUUCGAAGAGAGGCUCGAAAGGUGUCUUCUAUCUUUGCGUCGGAAGCCAAGAUGAAGAAGGUCGACCUUACCCUCACAUUUGGUCCGACCAUCGAACAGUCACAGGUUCUCCUGAUCAAGACCGAUCCUGUCAGGUUGGGCCAGGUGGUUACAAACUUGAUAUCGAAUGCCAUGCGCUUUACGGCGGGCGUGGACGACAAGAAGAUCAUAAUCCAAUAUGAUGUCUCUUUCGUACCUCCCGCAGAAGACACUUGCGCUCUACCUUCGGAUAUCGGUCUUCCUACAACUCUGCCGGCCCCCGAAGAUACCCCGGUAUGGUUGUUUGUCAGCGUCACCGAUACAGGCCCUGGUAUGAGCCCUAGCGAACUUGCCGUCUUGUUCCAGAGAUUUGCUCAGGGGAACAAGAUGAUACAUACCAAAUAUGGAGGCAGUGGCCUGGGUUUAUUCAUUUGCCGAAAAAUCACCGAGCUUCUCGGAGGUCGUAUUGAAGUCCUGAGUGAGCUGGGCACGGGCAGCGUCUUCCGGUUCUUCAUCAAGACGCGAGCCGUCUCGCCACCGACAGCCAUGGCUGCUUUCGUCGAGCCGACAGCCUUGACACCCAUCAGUUCCUCUUCGCCUUCAUCGUCCUUUUCCAUGAGCCGGACUUCGUCCAAUCAGACGCCCAAAAAGCUCGUGUCCCGGGAAGAAGGCGACCGUAUCUUGGUCGUGGAAGACAACCUCAUAAAUCAAACAGUUCUGAAGAGGCAGCUUGUGAAGGCCGGUCUCUCUUGCGACGUCGUCAAUAAUGGUCUCGAGGCCCUCAACACCAUCCGCGAAAACAAUAGGCAAUACAGGCGCGGGGGCGUGGAUCGAACGAAGUUGUACGACGUGGUCUUGAUGGACCUUGAGAUGCCCGUAAUGGACGGCCUUACUGCUAUCAAAGAGAUUAGAUCAGCCGAGGCCGCUGGUCAUCUUGAAAGAAACAUGGUGAUUGCCUUGACUGGAAACGCGAGACAGGGUCAGAUCGACCAAGCCUUGGCGGAAGGGAUGGAUGACGUGGUGAUCAAACCUUACAAGAUUGACAAGCUCCUGAUGAAGAUCAAAGGCAUGAAGGCGAAGCGAUCAGAGUUGGAGUUGAACGUGAUUGAAGACUCCUAG